CAGCCCUUCCUAGACCAGACGUUCACAAGUGAGGACGUGUUGAACUGUUGUGCACAUUAAAGAAGCCGGGAAACGUAUCACAUCAGUCAGAGGAUAUAUGAGAAAGAGAGCUGAAAAAUGGCCACCAAAGCAUUCAACCCUGACCCUCUGAACAGCUCCGAUGAGAUUCUCAGAAUGGAAGUGGACCGGGAAAUGGAGAAACUUUUAUCUGAAGUUCUACAGACAAGAGAGAAUUUUGAGCUACGAGAAGAAUUUGUAGAACUUUGUUUUUUCUUCAGUGGAGAUGCCAGCAAACAAUACCAGCAGAAGAUGAUAGAGAAUAUACAGAGGGCAAAAAUAUCCCAAAAUAUUAAGGCAUACCCUUCAAAAAGCAAUGGAGAACAAACAUCUACGUACUCUCCAGAUAAAAUAUAUUCGGAUGAUCCACAAAAGGACACAGAAGGCACUGAACUUGCUCAACCCUCUUCGGAUGAUCCACAAAAGGACACAGAAGGCACUGAACUUGCUCAACCCUCUUCGGAUGAUCAACAAAAGGAAAAAGAAGGAACUGAACUUGCUCAACCCUCUUCAGAUGAUCCACAAAAGGAAACAGAAGGCACUGAACUUGCUCAACCCUCUUCGGAUGAUCUACAAAAGGAAAAAGAAGACACUGGACAUGCUCAGUCUUCUGAUGUUCUACCAGGGACAAAGAAGGCACAGACGGUGCUCUUCCUUGUGAUUUUCUAUCAGUGGACUCAGAAGUUUGUGAAGUUGGUUAUCCCUCCUCUCUUCCGAGGGACAAAGAUGUUUGUGAGGUUGGUCGUCCCUCCUCUCUUCCGAGGGACAAAGAUGUUUGUGAAGUUGGUCGUCCGUCCUCUCUUCCAAGGGACAAAGAUGUUUGUGAAGUUGGUCCUCCCUCCUCUCUUCAGAGGGACAAAGAUGUUUGUGAAGUUGGUCGUCCCUCCUCUCUUCCGAGUGACAAAGAUGUUUGUGAGGUUGGUGGUCCCUCCUCUCUUCCGAAGGAAAAAGAUGUUUGUGAGGUUGGUCCUCCCUCCUCUCUUCCGAGGGACAAAGAUGUUUGUGAAGUUGGUCCUCCCUCCUCUCUUCCAAGGGACAAAGAUGUUUGUGAGGUUGGUCCUCCCUCCUCUUUUCCGAGGGACAAAGAUGUUUGUGAAGUUGGUCCUUCCUCCUCUCUUCCGAGGGACAAAGAUGUUUGUGAAGUUGGUCGUCCCUCCUCUCUUCCGAGGGACAAAGAUGUUUGUGAAGUUGGUCGUCCCUCCUCUCUUCCAAAGAACAAAGAUGUUUGUGAAGUUGGUCCUCCCUCCUCUCUUCCGAAGGACAAAGAUGUUUGUGAAGUUAGUCCUCCCUCCUCUCUUCCGAGGGACAAAGAUGUUUGUGAAGUUGGUCCUCCCUCCUCUCUUCCGAGGGACAAAGAUGUUUGUGAAGUUGGUCCUCCCUCCUGUGUACAGCUGGACAAAGAAAGCUGUGAAGUUUCUCAGCCUUCUUCUGAUGCUUUACAUGUGGACUAAAACGGCAGCAAUGUUGCUCCUCCCUCCCCUAUACCAGUUGAUGAAGAAGGCUGAAAAGUUUCUCAGUCCUCUUCCCAAACUCUACAAGUGGAUGAAGAAAGCAGUAAAGUUUUCCAGUUUUCUACUGGUGCUCUACCAAUUGGCACAACAAGCAGAAAGAUUUUGUUUGUUUUGUUAUGAAAUGUCGAAGAAAAUAUUGAACCUGUUCUGCUAGCCAACCAAAAUACAGGACCUGCAUAACAGCUUAGUGAAGUUCUGCAAGUGAAAAAUGAGCCCAUUUAAUAUUCUCUCUAUUAAACAAUGGCACAGGAAACAAUUUACUUAAACUUAUCUUUUUGUGUUUAGUUUUUUUUCUUGUCUUGCUUGCAAUUCACGUAUUACUGGUAAUGAAGUUUAAAUGAAUAGUCCGAUGGCAAGUUAUCUUGGUUACCUUUUCUAAAGGAGAAAAGUGUUGAUCACUAUGCCUUUUAGCAUUUGGGAUUAUUCUGUAAGCUUAGCUGGUACUGAAAUUGGUGCCUGUUCAGUGAACUUUAGAGGUGGUUGUUAUUUAACAAUUCUCAAAUACAAAGUUAUAUACAAUUUUUCUUCUAUUGUGCGUAGGUAAUCUUUUAUGUUUAAGUUUUGAUGAAGUUUUGUGUCUACAUAUAACUUGUUCCUUGCAAUUGUAUGUAU